UGGUAUUUGAUCUUCUCUACAAGGUGGCUGACAUCCCCUUGUUGGGUGAACACAAGUCCAAAGUGCUGGAUCUUCUUGAGAAGGCUGAGACAAAGCCUAAUCUCACAGUUGGUGUUGUCAUUUCAAUCGUAAUUGUCAUCUUCACAGUUCUCUUGAAACUCACCUUUGGUGGGAAGAAGCAGCAACCUGCAAGAGCUACUGGAGAGCCUAAGAAAAGUGAUGGUGCCGAGGCAUCAACUUCUAACAGUCAAGGAGCUACGGAGGAGAAAGAAGAGCAGAAUGAGGAUGCUGCUGCUGCUCCUCGUAGAAGGACUAGACGUGAUAAUUAGUGAUGGGCGAAGAAGUAGCGAGUGCUAGAAGGACUUAGGUGCUAUGCUGUUCUUUUAUUUUCCUUUACUAUCUUACUUCUUCCCCUGCUUUACCUAAUGGCCAGGCCAGCAAACAUUUUCCCAAAAUUUUAUGGUUUUUUCCCUCGGAACAGGCAAUGUGUGACAAUGUACAAUGAGACAGAUCCAUAUAAUUAGGGUAUUCUUCCAUAGUUUUUGAUGUAGAAGAUUUUUGUUCAAGUUGCUUAUAUUGCCCGUCGUAGAUUCUUUUUGUUAAGUUUAUUUUAGUCCUCUUGCUGGA